AUGACCGCUCGCUGGGGUCGCACGCUGGGGCAAAGAAGCGCCGGGGACGGCUACGGGCCCAACCGCGAAAGCGCGGCGUCAAUGUUCUCAGUGGGCGGCUGCCCCUAUCCACCAGGUCCUAUAUUGCCAUCAGGGACAGGGGCGGACCCGAGGGUCGUCGCUGCCCGACCACCCGGACCGAUUCAGGCCUCGCAGGCGGCGCCUGGCGCCUGGCCAGAGGUCCCGUCGCUGUCCGGUGGAAACUGGCGCGGCCGCCCGCCGCGGGGUGCUGGGGUCAUCGCCUUCCGAUCGGUGCAGGAGGAGGGCGCGGAUGCAGAAUCGGAGGCAUCGGUGUAUGUCUGCCUGGUCGAGUCCUCCAGCAAGAAGUUGAGCUUCCCCAAGGGUGGCAAGAAGUUCUCAGACGGAAGCGUGCUGGACUGCGCUUACAGGGAGCUGCUGGAAGAAACAGGCAUUCGGCAGGAUCGCUUGAACCUGUACACAGGUCUCCACCUGGAUGAGGACAAAUUUGGGUGUCGCUACAUCCUGGCCGAGGUCAGUUGCCAGCGAUCGGAUCUCGAUUUCGAGAUCACGGAUUCGGGCUGGGCACCUCCGCACGAAGAUCCCACCGACAAGGAUCCCGUGGUGCGUGCCCACUGGGCUCCCCUGCGGGCAGUACUUGCAGGCCAGUGGGCCGGCCUCCAUCCUGGGCGCGUGCAGAUGCUGAGAGAUGCCGUCAGGUUGCGUAGAGAUCGCACGCGAUAA